AACGUUGUCAGAUUCGGACGUGGCGUUCGUGUGGUUCGUGAUUUUGUUUGGAUGCCGGACUCAUCGCGCGGCGGUUGUCGCGAGUGUACGCGAAAAAAUCGGCAUCGCCCAGAUUUUUGCCCAUGUCGAGACUGAGGCUAUGAUGGCAUUAACGUGUUUUAUGCUUUGAUGCGAAGUUCUGUUUAUUCGAUUGAGUUUGAAAAAUUAAGAAGAAAAAGCAAGGAAAAUUUCUAGCGAGUGAAAAAGUUGAGCAAUAAUUAGUGCACAGAGUGAAACUUGUUCCCGGUUGAACCGAGCCGGAAGAAUUGAUAUUUGCAGGAGAGAAGUUUCCGAUUCCGGCAGAGUGUUUGUUUACAUGCGGUUGCUGGCCCACAUCGUUCGACGGAACUAGAGCAAAGCAAGACACUCCAGAAAGUUUACCCCAUCAAAUAGAAACUUAUAUUUGCGAGUGCUCACACGGCUGUUCUGAAUGCUAUCGUUUCCAGUGGUUCACACCAAAGUUCAAUUCGUCGCCAUUUUCAUCGAUACUAAUCAGAUAAUCGCAGCACCGUGGCUAAUCGCCGGAGGACCUCCAUACCUUAGUGGUAGUAGUAGUAGUAGAACGCAGUAGCAAUAGUAGUGCAGUGAUAGAGGUAGUAGCCGCAGUAGUAGAAGCCGUGCGGCGGCUUUAAUGUGGGAAAUGUUGGAUCCGGAUCUAGAGUGCGGUAACGAAUGCGGCGGACCGGGACCACCUCCGGAGUUUCGGAUUCCGCCGCCACCACGGCCGCCCUUCCUGGCCGAACUGAGCAACUGCAACGAGGACGGUGGCGUGGGGGGUUCGGUGGCGGCCAUGCUCGGACCGGGCGGUUCCGCUGCCGCUUCCUUCACCGAUGGGGACAUGUGCGAAGCGAUACCGAUUCUCGACGCGAGCUAUCAUAGCAGUCCAUCAUUCCAAACGUCCGCCAUGAUUGUGCUGUGUUCAGUGCUACUAUUGUUAGUCAUUUUUAUAUCAUCGUUACUAGUGUGGAAACACAAACGGAAAGUUCAAAACUUCCUACCCUGCAAGACGCCAACCCGGGGGCCUCCGCAUCAUCUGGACGCAACAGGUGUCUCGGCGGCCCACUCGGUGACGUACGAGGACCCGGACGUGCACCUGGGGCACCAUCCGCUGGUGAUGAGACAUCAUCACCAUCAUCAUCAUCACAACAUGGAGCUCCACCAUCCGAAGCAGCUUCACUAUCCGAGUGGCUAUCCGAUGCCACGGUCACCGCCGCUAUUCAUUUGCUCGUCACCCGGGCCGGACCCGUACCGGUCGCAUGACAACGUGUACGAAGAGUUGGAGCAUCCCCGCGACACGGACUCGGAGCCACCGGUGCAGUCCGACGACGACUUUGCCGAGGACGAGCUGAGCCUACCCGGCGACCGGUCGUUCCAUAAAUCAUCUUCGGACGGUGGUACGACGGUGGCCACAAUCUAUCACGACCGAAGCGCAAGCAGCAACGGCGGAACAAACACCGACCAGUACAUGGAGCGGAACAGGACCGAGCGUAAUUCGCUGCUCUCGUCGUCGUCAUCCGGAAAUGACAAUAACUUGAGGCAGGGUGCGGGGGCAGCCGGAACGAGUAAUGGCAGUGCCGCCAUUGGUGGCGGUGCCGGCGGUAGCACCAGUAGUAGCAACAACAAUAGAAAUUCCAAUUCUAGCAGUGAAUGUGCGAGCAGCGCAAGUGGGAACAACAACAAUCCUAAUGGCUGCGUUAGCGGCAGUAGCAGCAACGGCAGCAGCAGCAACAACAACAAUAAUAGCAAUAAUAGUGGAACAAAUAAUAAUAGCAUCGGUGGACUAUUUCGUUCUAGAAAGCAGCAACCAUCGACUCUCGGAAGUGGAAGGGGUAAUAAGCAUUUGAACAAUCUGAACUCGUUGGGCGAGCCGCCUAGCGAGUUGCCACAUAGUCUAACGACGGGAUGCGAGGAACGAGCAAUGAUGACGUUGCCGCCAUCCUAUCAAGCGGCCGCGGCGGCGAGCCGAUCCAGUCCUAAUAAUUUGAACAAUAUCAACAAUAACAGUUUUGUGAAUAGCAAUAGUUUGAAUAACAAUAGCAGCCGAGGCAAUUACUACAGUACAAUAAACGACGAGUGUGACCCGAUCGAACGACGGAAUCGGAUCAAUGCGCAACUGUCUGCGUCGUCUGCGACUGUUAACAAUGGUGGCCCGGGCGUAUCAACCAUCUUCCGCAACAUCCGAGCACCCUAUCCAGGCAGCAACCAUACCCAUCAUAAUCACCAAACAACGAAUGCGAGCAACCGAUCACGAACGAAUCCACGUUCCCUGGACCGACGACGCUAUCUCAUCAACAACAACAAUAACAACAACCACAGUCCCGGUAACGGCCUAGCCGUGAUAUCAACGCAAGACCCCUCGCAGUACAUCUACCACGAACCGGUUUUCCACGAAGGACUCAUCUACGAUGCCUGUCUGUCGUACAGCGAUCGAAGUAGCGGAGGAAGUGCCGGUCCUCCAUAUCCCUACAUCCUGCCCCAGUUCACCACCUUCCGGAACCAUCACGGCCAGCAGCAGAACAUCUACUCGAGGGAUGGCAGUUUUGGGUCGGAUUCCGGCUAUAGUCAGCACACGCAAGCAUCGAACCGUAGCGUUGGCUGGAGCAGGAAUCGACCGCCCCAACCGACGCCUCCGCAGCUGAACCCAACCGAACCGCUGCCCGCGGCGACGGAUUCUUGAGGAAAAGUUUCCCCCCUGGCAGCGACCCUGAUUUCGCAGCUCGUGUGCGGCAAAGUUUUCAUCUGAAGCUGUACAGGCGUGCGUGUUGUUGAGCUCCGGGACUCAAGUAAAAUCUCCCGUUUAGGCAGUAGGCAGGUGUUGCAGGCAGCGUACUUAGGUUUAAGUCCAAAUGAAAUGUGAUUUUAAUUUUAAAUGAACCCCCUCCUUAUGAUACUAAUUUAAACUCGUGAACCGGAUUUAAUGACCCUGACUCGUGAAUAACAUCCAUGCAAACAUACAUACGAUCCUUCGUCCCCAAGGAAUAAAGACUGUUUAACUAA